AUGACACUGAACGUUGCUGCGAGUAGAUUCGCAGAUUAUUUUGUAGUUUGUGGACUGGAUGUUUCGUCUGGAUUGGAACCAGAUCGACUUGCUGGAGGAGAAAGCCAUCAUAUUGAGCCUUUAGCCAGGUCUUACAAGUCCAAAGUCCUAGCUCAUUUUCCAGAAACAGUAUCAUGGAAUCCAUUCGACAAAGAGGCUGUGGGCAUGCUAUGUUUACCCAAAGGUCUUCAGUUUCGAACUCAAAGGGAUUCACGCAACCCUAAGUUUCAUUCUUUUAUAAUUACAAAAGAAGAUGGAUCAAGAAUAUUUGGAGCAGCUUAUGUGUUUUAUGAAGAGGUCACUAAUAAACAAAUAUGUGCAGCAAUGCAAACAUUACAUGCAAUGCAUCAGGCUCAACAUAGUCCUGCAUUAAAACCUCAAUUUCCUGAGAUCUACUCUCCUGAUAGUCCCAUAUUGAUGAAGAAAAUAAUUCCAAGUAAAGAGAAAUCACGAGUUUUUGAUAUUCACAAAGAUAAAUUGUAUGUAACAAAAUGUAUCUGUCUCAUACUUCAAUUGCCUUUUGUUAAAUCUUGUAAGAAGUUUUUAAAACAACUACAUGAAGCCGUGAAUAAACCUUCACGAGCUAGUUUACCAUUAGAGAGUUAUAUUUAUAAUAUCUUAUAUGAUGUACCAAUGCCACCACCUGGAAGAAGUUUAAAGUUUUAUGGUGUAAUGUCACCAAUAUUCUGUCAGAGACCUAGUAUGGGUGAACUACCACUGUUUGAUUUCUCACUAUGGGAGCUUUGUAAAUUAUUAGGUAUAGAUAAUUUACUGUUGAUAUUUGUAAGUGUACUUAUGGAACAUCAAGUAUUACUCUAUUCAGCAGAUUACCAAAAAUUAAUGUUAAUAGCUGAAGGUGUCGGUUGUUUAAUAUUUCCCUUUACAUGGCAACAUGUAUAUGUACCAAUAUUACCGGCAUCAUUACAACACUUUCUGGAUGCUCCCGUACCAUUUAUUAUGGGUUUACAUAGAAGUAAUGAUGAACGUCCUGAAUUAGCCAACAUGUGUUUUGUUGAUGUUGAUAAUAAUUCAGUAGAAGUACCUGAAGAUUUACCAUUCUUUCCCCAUCAUGAUGAAUUGAAAGAAGAAUUACUCCAAUUGUUGAAUAUUUAUCAAGAUAUUUUUACACCACCAAUUAAAAGUGGUACUACUAUAACAAGUUCACCAUUAAGAAAUACUAUGUUACAACAAAGUGAAGCAUGGAAGAAGAUAUCAUCUAUAGCUAAGAAGACUGGUGUGUGGGAAGGUUAUGGGGAAAUGAGUGGAGAAGAGAAAUGUAUGGAUGCAGAUAAACCUAUAGAAGAAAAUAAAAAAGAUGUAGAUAGAAUGCCUGUCUCUGAAGUCAAUGAUCUCAAAUUUAACAGUGCUAUACGUGAAAUCUUUAUGAAUAGAUUUGUUCAUAUGUUCAGUAGCUAUGAGUCUUUUGUGAUUCAACCAUCACAUGAUCUAGAAUCAUGGAUAAACAAUCGUGAAACAAUGCAAAAUUUUGAUAAAGCUUCAUUUCUGAGUGAUCAACCUGAAGGAGAUCUACCAUUUUUAUCUCCAUUCAUAGAAACUCAGAUGUUUGCAACAUUAGUAGAUAAUAAGAUUGUAUCACAAUGGGAAGAAACUGAUCCAUAUUUAGGUGUAUUUGAGGCUCGGAUCAGAAAUGUAAAUGAUGUAUUAGGUGAAGUUAGAACACCAACCUACAGUGUAUGUACAACAAUUACUGAUACAGAGGUAUUUCCUGAAAAGAGAGCUACUUUUAUAGAUCAUACGUCCGUGAAACCACAAGAAUUAUCCAGUGAUCUUACACAAUCUGAUAUCAAACCUGGUUUCUUUCCAGUAUUAAAUAAAGUGUUUUUGAAUACUGAAAUUAUUGCUAAUAAAUCAAAAACCAGAGAAAAUGCUAAAUGGCGUAGAAAAGACAGGGUACUUCAACAUGCUGAACAUCUACAAUUAAACUCUGAUCAAAGAGAGAGAUACAUACAAGAGGCUAGAACUAAAAACAGACAGCCGAAAUUAUCAGAAAUGUCAGCUGCUGGUAUGGUUCAAACUAACUGGAAAUUUGUGGAAACAUUGCUAAAGGAAUGUAAAACUAAGACUAAGAAGAUGUUGGUUGUUAAGAUGGGACGUGAAGCUGUAGAACUAGGACAUGGUGAAUUAACUAUUACUGGUGUAGAAGAGAAUACAUUAAUAGCUGGUCUGUGUGAUCUGUUAGAGAGAAUAUGGAGUCAUGGUCUUCAAACUAAAAAGGGGAAAUCAGCAUUAUGGUCUCAUUUAUUGAGUUAUCUAGAAAUAGAGGAGAAAGUACAACAGAUGGGUGAUAUCAGAACUGAUGUAGGUUACGCUAGAGCCUGGGUAAGACUAGCAUUAGAGAAAAAAAUAUUAUCAUCACAUUUAAAAGAAUUAUUGUCAGAUGCAGAUUUAUUGAGGAGUUUAUAUAAGAGAUAUGCAUUUUUACGAUGUGAAGAUGAAAGAGAACAGUUUUUAUAUCAUCUAUUAUCAUUGAAUGCUGUUGAUUUCUUUUCAUUCACCAAUACAUUUGUUAAUACCAUGAUAAACUAUAAAGUAUUAAUCUAUCCUAGUACUAAAUUUGGCUGUGCUACAACAACAGCUAAUCCUUGGAUUAGUAUAGCUGGUCAACUAGGUGAAUCAGGGGUUUUAGACAUACCUAGAGGUUGUUUAGAAUUUAAUUUUCAGCACAAGAAUUUAGGUAUAUUAACAACGUUACGUAUAGGACAUGAUAAUAGUGGUAUGUCUGCUAAAUGGUUAGUAGAAUAUGUUCUAGUAAGAAAUGAAGUCACAGGACAUACAUACAGGUAUAAUUGUGGUAGAUGGCUAGGUAAAGGUGUAGAUGAUGGAAGUAUUGAAAGAUUAUUAGUAGCAGAAUUAAUGCCUCAUAAGAAAGAAACUGAAGGUGAACUGUCAGGUGUACAUACUCCACCCAGAUCUCCUGCUACACCUAGAAAACAGAUUGAUCCAGGUACUUUAAAUACACCAGCUAUACAAGAAAUGUUGGGUCAUUCAGUCAAUAAUCUAGUCAAACAUUUUUAUAAACCAGCGAAAGAGAGAGGAAGUCUUACAUUCCUGUUAUGUGGUGAUCGUGGUUUGGUACAUUGUAUGGAUUUAGUUUUUCAAUAUGGUUUCCGUUCAUCUCGUUUGUUUAGAAAUAAAAUGUUUAUUUGGGAUUAUCUUGGUAAGUUUUUUUUUACAUCAUUGAUACUACAAUAUAAUACAUUAAGUGGUGUAACUAGACGUCCAUUAACAGAAGUAGCUAGAGCUGGCUAUUGGUUAUUCUGUAAUCUACUCAAUAAAAUCAACAAUGCCACAGAAUCCAUUGGUAAAGAUGGAAAAUUUCAAAUAUUUAUUUGUGUUGGUGUUAGAGAUCAUUGUUUACAGAAAUGGUUACCAUUAAUGGUAAAUACCCCAGUAACAGGUCAGAUGUAUGAGGCUAAUUCAUUUUUACGUGAUCCAAGGUUAACUAAAUUUCUUGUUCAUAUUAUUGAAACAUUGAAUGAGUUUAAUAUUGUUCUAGAAUCCUCUGUUUUACAGGGUUUAAAUAUAUAA